AUGUCCUCGGAACAAACAAAAGUCAAAGCCGUCUUCUUCGAUUUCAUGGGGACAUGUCUCGACUGGCACACCUCCAUUGUCCAGUCGUUUCCCUCAUCAAUCCCCCGAGAUGACGCUUCGAAGUUGGCUCUGGAAUGGCGCAGGCAGUACUUUAUCGAAAACCAGCAGCGAUUUCGACAGAAUCUGGAGCCGGAAGAUAUUGACAUCACGCUCGCUCGUGUGCUGGACGCUGUACUGACCGAAUCGUACUCGAACUAUACAUCCUACGUUGACAGUGACACCAAAGGACAACUUAUCAAAGCAUGGCACUCUCAACCGGCCUGGCCAGAAGUGCCGAUCGCCAUACGCAGUAUCCGGGAAGAUCUCGGCCUGGAAGUCUUCGUGCAUGCCAACGGGACAACGCGCCUCCAGCUUGACCUCGUUCGUUCUUCAGGGUUGAGUUUUAAUAUGCUGUUUUCUAGCCAGUUGUUGGGACUGUACAAGCCGAAUCUGGAGGCGUACCAGAAAGCGUUACAGCUUGUGAAACUUCAGCCGGAAGAAGUGGUCAUGGUGGCAGCGCAUGCGUAUGAUUUACGAGCCGCGAAGCAGAUCGGAAUGAAGACGGUUUAUAUUCAUCGAUGGACGGAUGAUAUCGAUGAGAAGAUGGAUGAGGUUGAGAAGGAGUUUGAUGUGUUCUUGGAGGGAAUGGAGGGACUUCCUGCGACGAUUGCUGGGUUGUAA